CUUAUUAGACGAACCUGUAGAACGGAGAUACUGAGUACCUACAAUGAAUAAUAAUCGAGAAAAGAGCGAUCAAUUAUUUAUACAUUUUUUUGAAAAUAUAAGAUGUUACUCAGAAAAUUUUUUCGAAUAUUAUCGAAUGUCAGUCUCAAGUUUUGAUGAGCUAUUGGAAACUCUAAGACCUCACAUAAGGAAAAGUAUUACAAAAUUUUGUAUUCCUAUCUGUGCUGAAGAACGCCUUACAAUUACUUUGAGAUAUUUAUCGACUGGCACCUGUUUUGUUGCAUUGAAAUUUGAUUUUCGAGUUGAAAGGAGUACAAUCGGAAUAAUAGUUAAAGACACUUGUCAAGCAUUGUGGACAGUUUUACAGCCAAAAGAGAUGCCUGUGCUGACUAUGAAUGAUUGGCAGGAUAUCUCGAAUGUAUUCUAUCUUAAAACAAAUUUUCCGAAUUGCCUAGGCGCUAUCGACGGCAAACAUAUCCGAUGUAAAAAUCCUAGUAAUUCUGGAUCAUUGUUUUUUAAUUAUAAAAAGUUUUUUUCUGUUGUACUUAUGGCUAUAGCCGAUACCAAUUUAUAAUUUAUAAUAAUCGAUGUCGGAUCUUAUGGUCGACAAGGGGAUUCCAAUAUAUUUAAGGAUUGUCCAUUCGGUAAAAUGUUAUAUGCAAAAAAACUUAAUCUUCCGGAGCCAA